CUCUCUCCACCUCCUCCAUUUUAGGUAACACACACCUAAAAUGAAGGAAUAAACACAGCUACGGAGAUUAACAAGGUUGGGAUUAUCAUAAAAACACACCGAAUCAAACACGAACAGAGCUGUGGGAGGGGUAUUGGGUAAAGAUGUGUUUUCUGGACUGAUUACCUCAUGAAGACCAGCUUCAAACUAGAUUAUUUUAACAUAAAAACAUAGAACACAAAGUUAUUCCAUUCCAAGCAGUGACAACAUCCAGGACUGAAUUCCCCUGAGGGGGAAAAAGGGAGAUAAGAAUGAUGAUGGACAGGCCAGAGUCUCCCAGCAGUAUCUCUCUGGCGAGUGAACGUUCAGUGGAACGGCCAAUUAACCUGAAACAAGAAAUGGAACCUCAAGAUAAAAGCAGAAAAUCAGACAAAGUGUCAGAGACUCUCAGCUAUACGUCUGAGGCAAGUGACUGGUCAGAAGAUCGACUGAUUAAAAUAAUGGAACCCCUAAAACCAAAAAGCAAAAAAGCAGAAAGGUCAGAGUCUGUACUGAGUGACUGGUCAGUAGAACGACCAAUCAACUUCAGAGAAACAAAGUCUCCGGAAGUUAUGAGUUUGGUGUCUGGAAGGCCAUCAGAAGCAGAAAGUGGUCGUGGAUCUAUGGAGACUGAUUCCUCCUGGGAUUUAACCUACGACAUCAUCUCUCAAGAGCACAGACAGAGGUCUGUCAAUCCGGAGUUUGGAGACACUGCCUGUGAUUUGUGCGGAGGAAGCCAGUUACAAGCUCAUAUACUACUUCUGGAGAACGAUCAAUUGAAGAAAAUGAUCAAAGAUUUGCAGAGUGAAAACCUGAGGCUGAAGCAGAUGGUUGGAGAACUGAAGCUCCCUGAUUACAUACGCAGAGGGAAGACACCUGCAGCAGCAAAUUUGACGCUGAAUCCUGAUACAGCUCAUAGUGCUCUCCUGCUCUCUAACGAUGGGAAACGAGUGCGACUGGGAGACUGCAUAACUGUUCUUCAGAGCGCCCAGAGAUUUGACAAGUUCGAGUGUGUCCUGGCCAGAGAAGGCUUCAGCUCAGGACGACACUACUGGGAGGUGGAAGUUAACCGAGAAUUCACCAUCGGGGUCACCCGGCAGUCUGCUCAGAGGAAAGGGAAGUUCACUUUCUGUCCCAGUGAAGGAUACUGGUGUCUCUACCACUUCCGACAAGUUUUCACAGCCCUGGACGAGUCCACCCAACGCCUGCAAGUCGACUCUGUUCCGCGGGUGCUGGGGGUGUGUAUCGAUGUGGAUGAGAAGUGGGUCAUAUUUUAUAACACUGAGACUAAAGCACAAGUUUACAUCUUCAGAAACAUGGCCUUCACGGAUGGAGAGAAGAUCUAUCCCCUGUUCAACACCUUGGAGAAAUCAGUGUGCCUUGUGAUUAGGACCGCGAGAUGACUGACAAGAUCUUUUCCAGCUCACAGAUGGCUAUUACUAAUACAGGGCACAAAAAUGUAAGAGUGCCUGCAAUACUAUGACCUGCAAUACUAUGAGCAAGUCGAUAUAUUGCAAUAGUUUAAAUCAGUUACGAAAAUUGUCAUGUUAUAAAAAAUACACAAUAAUAUUUAUAAUUGUAUUAUAAUUAUAUUAAAUUGUAUUAUAUUCGAUCUAUCUAUCUAUCUAUCUAUCUAUCUAUCUAUCUAUCUAUCUAUCUAUCUAUCUAUCUAUCUAUCCAUCUAUUCUUAUUUUAUUUUUAUUUCCAAUUCCUUGUUGUUCUUUUACAUGUUUUUAAUUUAAUUCUCUUUGUUUUAAUCAUGUUUGAAUCUACCUUGCUUUAUUCUUAUUUUAGUUUUUAUUUCCAUUUUUACUGUUAAUCUUUAACAUGUUUUUUUAUUUGACUUCUCUGUGUAUUUUCUAAUUUGUAAAGCACUUUGAAUGACCGUUGUGUAUGAAAGGUGCUAUAUAAAUAAACUUGCCUUGCCUUGCCUUGCCUAUCUAUCUAAUAGUGGAAUCUAAAGACAAUCUUUUGAUCAGGAUUUAAACACAACCCAAAAUGAAUCAGUGACUGAUACCAAUUUUUAUACAUAAACUACGGUAUUAAUAAACAUUGAUACUGUGUUUUUGAGAAUCAAUAUUGAUAUUUAAAAAAAAACAUUGCAAUAUCAAUAUUUUCAUGUACCCCUGUUUUCAUGUCAUCCCACUUAUACCUGAACUAGGUGUUAUACUGUUGGAAGAAUCCCUUGCUACUCCUACUGCCUUGCUCCAAAAUGAAACGGAGAAAUGGAGUUAGAGAGAAGGAACAUUUUUUUGGGAAUAUGGGGCACCUGAUCCCUAUUAGUUCAGAAAAUGACUUCUGAUUAACUGAGCCAAUCACAAGUGCUCACUUUCAGCAUUCCCCUAAUACUGCCGAGCCAAUA